CGGAGCAGACGGAGGACGAGCUGCAGGAGGAGAUUGCCAAGGCCAACGUGGUCUGCGUGGUGUACGACGUCACCAAGGAGGUCACCAUCGAGAAGAUCCGCACGAAGUGGAUCCCCAUGGUGAACGGGGGAGUUGAGAAGGGCUCCAGGAUCCCCAUUAUUUUAGUGGGAAACAAGUCUGACCUGCAGGUGGGGAGCUCCAUGGAUGUCAUCCUGCCCAUCAUGAACCAGUUCUCGGAGAUCGAGACCUGCGUGGAGUGCUCUGCCAAGAACCUCAAGAACAUCUCUGAGCUCUUCUACUAUGCCCAGAAAGCCGUGCUCCACCCCACUGCUCCCCUCUACGACCCGGAGGAGAAGCAGCUGAAACCUGCCUGUGCACGAGCCCUGACCCGGAUUUUCAACCUCUCAGACCAGGAUAACAACCAGAUCCUGAGUGAUGAUGAACUCAACUACUUCCAGAAGUCCUGCUUUGGAAACCCCCUGGCUCCCCAGGCCCUGGAGGAUGUGAAGAUGGUGGUGUGGAAGAACACCACGGACGGGGUGCAGGACAACGGGCUGACGCUGAACGGCUUCCUCUUCCUCAACACGCUCUUCAUCCAGAGGGGCCGCCACGAGACCACCUGGACCAUCCUCCGCCGCUUCGGGUACGACGACGAGCUGGAGCUGACGGACGACUACCUGUACCCCCAGUUCCGCCUCCCCCCCGGCUGCUCCACGGAGCUCAACCACCUGGGCUACCAGUUCCUGCAGCGGAUGUUUGAGAAGCACGACAAGGACCAGGACGGAGCCCUGUCACCCACAGAGCUGCAGAACUUCUUCAGUGUCUUCCCCUGCGUGCCCUGGGGCCCCGAGCUCUACCACACGGUAUGCACCACUGAUAAAGGCCUGCUUUCCCUGCAUGGAUUCCUCUGCCAGUGGACCCUCGUGGCUUACCUGGACGUGAGGCACUGCCUGGAGUGCCUGGGCUACCUGGGCUACCCCAUCCUCUCGGAGCAGGACUCCCAGACGCAGGCCCUGACGGUGACCCGGGAGAAGAGGAUCGACCUGGAGAAAGGCCAGACCCAGAGAAACGUCUUCCUCUGCAAGGUGCUGGGAGCCAGGGGCGCAGGCAAGUCCGCCUUCCUGCAGGCCUUCCUCGGCAGGAGCCUGGCG